UCCCUGUCUCUCUAGCAAUCUGAAGGGCGACUUGUGCGCACAACUUGCGUGUAAAUCGAGUUGCGCUGGUCCUCGGAGUCUACUCCCUACCGAGCACCCGCGGCCUUCGAUUGGGGGCCCAAACGCGGGGCGUAGCGGGCCCGAUCAGCGCUCGGAACCGAGACUCAACGUUCAGACAUGCGUACGUGCGUAUGCGAGGCUGAUAGCUGCCUACGCGCGGUCGGCGGUGCUGCGGUGUAGGGCCGAUAUGAGGUGUGGGAAUGGGGCCAAAGUUGUGGGUAGGGUAGAAGUAUAUAAGAAGGGGGGAUUGAAGCAGUAAGAAAGCAUCACGACUCCAGGCAUUUAGUCUACUAUCACCAUCUAGAACUUCAUUUUCGGACUCCCAUCCGUUCAACAACUACCAAAACUCUACUUGACACAGAGAAACAAUGGCAUCCUCAACACCCUUCCUUACCGCCAUCGCCUCUCGCCGCUCCGUCUACGCUCUUUCAAAAGAAACGCCCAUCCCUAACACACGCAUUCUCGAGCUCGUCACCGAAGCGCUCAAACAUGCGCCCUCGCCUUUCAACGUGCGUAGCACGCGCGCGAUCGUGCUGUUUGGCGCUGAGCAUGAGGCGCUCUGGGAGCACGCGUACAAAGUGACGGAGGAGAGCACCCCCGCUGCGAUGGGAAUCCUGGGACCAAAGAUCAAGGGUUUCGUGGCCGCCAAGGGGACGGUCCUCUUUUUCGAUGAUCCCUCUGCAUAUUCCCUCCUCCCCCCACGCUUCCAAGCCCACGCAAAGCUGUAUCCCGAUUGGGAGGAGCAUUCCUCGGGUAUGAAUCAGUUGAUUGUGUGGACGGCGCUGGCGGCUGAGGGCGUAGGCGCGAAUCUGCAGCACUACCAGCCGGGGAUUACGCCGUAUUUGCAAGAAAAGUACAGGGUGGAUAAGAGCUGGCGGUUGAAGGCGCAGAUGGUGUUUGGGGGUGUGGUAGGGGAGGUGCCGGGAGAGAAGGAGAAGACGCAUUUGGAGAAGAGUUUGAUGGUGUAUGGGCAGUAAAAGGGUGGUUUGACGAUCGUCGUGGUUGUGGUAAUGGUGAUGAGUCGGGGUAUCGGGAUAUUCAGAGCCGGUGAAAGACCGCCGUGUGUUACCUCUAAGCCGUCAGCGUUAUCGUAUCGAGAUGUACUUCUUCGAAAAUCGAGACAUUCGUCAC